AUGGGUCCACCUCUCCAGAUCACCACCCAUCAUUUCUGCAGAUCCCGGGUGAACGUUGUGGCGGGUCGGCUUGGAUGUGGGGAAACAGACGUUGAACUUGGCAAGGAAGAAGCACCCGUGUGUAAUGAUACCGCCAAGCGCGCUGGGAAAGGUACCGACCGGGUCCAGGGAGCCUUUUCAUAUCACCAAAAGUCAACUCGCCGUCCGUCCCGUGGUAGAUCUGGCGCUAAGCAAGCGUCGGGUCCGAGUUCAUCCGCCCCGCCGGUUCCUCUGUGCCGCGAGACAUACGAGAUCAGAAACAUAGACAGGGGGGGUGGUGGGGGUGGGGGUACCUAUGGGUCCAUGUUUUCUCGUGGAGGAGGCGGAGAUUACGCGGGGGGGUCCCUUUCGCAUGGAGAAGCUCAAUUCCAGACUUCGUUCGCUCGACACACUACGUGGACCCACAAGAUCAUCGGUGAUCUCGAAUACAGCAGUAGUGGUAGUAGUACGUACGUACGUACAGCGUCAAUCAUUGUUAAUGGGCGCAACAUCAUCCCUCGAUCGUCGAGCCGAGUCAUGCGCCGUUCGGUAAUGAUUUGUGCCGCUCACCGUCCUGCCGCGGUAGUAGAUCCAGGAAAAUCCAAGGAAGAACUGAGACCGACACGGAGUGUGAUGCGGCGUCAGACCUGGCGCUGUCCUGGCCUGGCAGACCCAGAAUUUAGCCAGCACCAACGCCAGACUCACACGUUCGCUCGGCGACGAGGGCAAAUUUCAGACUCCAAAACACAUGUUUAUGACCAAGACCAACACCGACACCGACACGGCAUGUGCAUGCAUCAGAUCCAAGUUAUUCAUCCGACCGGUGUUGGAAAGCCCUCCACCUAUCUCGGGCAGACUAACUGCAAACGGAGUUGCUGCACCACACCACACUAUCUCCGAGUCGUAUCAACCGCCUACAGAUUUAUCUGCGUCCUGCAUGCGGAAAUCAAAGCUCCCCUACGUGCAGAGAUGGAUCCGGACUCGGGGGUACCACGGCGGGCGGGCUGUUGUUUUCUUCCGUUCAGAUAUCGGCAACCCGAGCCGUUAUAUGUACCCUCGUAUAACGACGAAUCCUCAGUAUACACAUAUCCUCUGUCAAUGCCACCUCGUGCCCCAGCAUUGUUCGUUAUUUAA